AGGGAGGAAGAACCAGGGAGGGGUGCAGGGCACAGAGAAGGCGGGAUUUGCGUGAAGUUGAGAGCAGUCAGAAAAAGAGAGCAGGCCAACAGUCAACUUGAGAAGUUAUAAUGGAAGCCAGCGUUGAUUCUCAGGAAAGAGGCCCUACUAACACUCUGACAGGAGCACACAACACCUCCUUCCUCCCCCCUUCAAGGCCAUGUCGACCCAAGCCUCCUCCUCCGACCAUGAAGCCCUCCCAACUCGCUUCUCGACCUCCUCUACCUCCAUCCACUCCUCUGUCACUCCCUUUUAUCUCUAAACCUACUUCUCUACUCCCCUCUAACCCGUCUCCUUCAUCUCUCCCACCGCCUCUCUCUCCGACCCCACACAUUGUUUCUCCCUCACUUCCCCUACAGAGUUCUCUCACCUCUGAGCUGACUCCCUGCUUAACUCCUCUCCCUUCACCCUCACUCCAGGCAGUGUCAACCUCCCUCUCCUCCUGCCUGCCUUCUCCUCCUGUCAUCUUGCCACUCUCUCCAACACCAACGCUGAGCCUUAUAGAUCACUUGGUGGGGAGCAGUUCUGUAUGGCUCACAAAAGGACUCAGCCAAGAACAAAUCACGUGCAUCCUGGGAGAGGAGGCUGCUGGGGUCUUCCUGGUACAGAGCACAGAGGAGCAAGGUAUGAUGCUGUCAGUGCGCCUGCCUGAGGAGCAGCAGGCAUUGCCAGUACACAACGUGAAGGUCAAACAGCACAAGACGUUUCUUCACUUAGAUGGUUCUGCUCUGGUUUUUGAUGACAUUUACAAACUCAUCUCCUUCUACUGUGUCAGCAGGGACAUCCUGACUGCACCACUGAAGUUACCACAAGCCAUUUCAUUGGCAACACAGAAAGAGGAGUUGGAGAUCAUCUCUGCUAUGGGUGCAGACUUUUGGACAUCAGAUAUGAAUCAGAAGACAAAAAAACAGAACCUAGUUUUGGAUCAGAGUCACAACAAUGUUUACUUGUAUAUCAACCCGAUCACUUUGGCGGAGACAUCAACAAAGCAGCCAAAAGACUUUUCUGAGUCCAAACUGGUAAUCAAAUCCCCUGAAAGUAUAAUUACCUACUUGCUCAAUGGAGAAUCCCUUCAGAAGGAAGACAAAGAGGUCAAAAAUCAGAUUAAAACUGAUUCUAACCAGGAUACGAAAUUCAAACGGCCUCCUCCCAGGCCCCCCAGCCUGGGAUCAAGCCCUGGGAUGGGCCUGCUCUUUUCAUCUGCCCCCAUGGAAAAAAGUUCAUCAUCCUUGACCUCUGCUAGUGAAAGAAACGAGGAAGGAAGGGAGGGGGUAGGUGACAAAGAAGAGAGGAAAACAGCAUUGACAUCACCUCCUCCAUCAAGACCUCCUGUUCCCCCGCAGAGUCGAGCCCCCCCCUUACUGCCUCCUGCUCCUCUCCGCCGCACUUCCUCCAAGAACAGUACAGAUGGUGGCGAGAAGGGCCAAAAACCUGUGAAGGGACUUGAAAAGGAAGGGGAAGGACUGAGAGAGGAAGAGAAACCAUGUCUGCUGGGUGAGAGUGUUGAACUGUUAAACACUGUACAUGCAGUGGAGACUAAAAGAGACAAAAUGAAGGAGAAAGGGGAUGAAAGAGGUGCGAGCAAAGAUAAAGACGAAGACAAAAAACAAUUUAGUCCUCAACCUUUAGUAAAGAGGCCCACUCGUCCAGUACCUCAGCCGAGGAAGAAACCAUGCUCGCUAGACAAGCCUGACAGUGGAUUGGCCAGUCAGAAUGCCGGGACAAGAGUAGGCCCUCCCUCCGUGGCACGAAGGCCAGAUGUGUCACUGUACUCUCCUCAGGGGGGCACCAUGCUCGGAACAGAUCCUGACUCCUGCUCUAACAGCAGCACUGAAGAAGAUGGAGAGACACACCAGGAGCAAGAUCAAAACCAUAAUAACCCGUCAGAGAAUCAUGGCAGUAAAAUAAAGCGGACGCCAACCACCAUCAUGUUGGGCAAAGCUCGUUCCCGCCUGUCUACUGUUAUUACCGGCCUCAUCAGUCAUGACCGUCGCCUCUCACAACGCAUUGUGGAGCUGGCUAGAGACCCACUGAGCUAUUUUGGAAACCUGGUGAAAGAGCACCGAGCAUUCACCCUUGAGACCAUGUCCAAUCACUCCACCUCCACUGAGUUGUUACAGGAAAUAAGGCAGAUGAUGACUCAGUUAAAGAGUUACCUACUACAGAGUACUGAACUGCAGGCCAUGAUGGAGCCACAGCAUCAAUAUUCACAAGACAAACUGGAGAGCAUAGUCGAAGCAGCUCUGUGUAAGAGUGUACUGAAGCCACUGAGGGAGCCUGUUUACAGUAAUCUAGAGAAACUGCACACCAACAAUGGCAGCCUUAAGCAAAUGGCACACAACCAGUCUGUAGUUCUCGGCAGUACAACCACAGCUCUCGGAGUCACCACUGCUGUCCCGGAGGCGUCAGCUAUGGAGAAGAUUAGUGUGAAACUCAGUAAUCUGCGUCUAGAAUACUCUCCUCCAAAGAAGAUUGAGCUACUGCUGAAGGCUUGUAAAAUCAUCUAUGACUCUAUGUCAGUCAGCUGUCCAGGGCGGGCCCAUGGAGCUGAUGACUUCCUGCCUGUAAUGAUGUAUGUCCUGGCUAGAUCUAAUCUGUCAGAUUUACUGAUAGAUGUGGAAUACAUGAUGGAGUUGAUGGAUCCUGCGCUAACAAUUGGAGAAGGUUCAUAUUAUUUGACGACAACGUACGGUGCUCUUGAGCAUAUCAAGACGUUUGACCAGCAGAAAUCAGCUCCACGUCAGCUCAGCAGGGAGAUUCAGGACUCAAUCCAACGUUGGGAGAGACGACGCACACUCAACCAGGAAUGUUUGGACCAAAGAUCUGUUCAGGACUUCUUGACAGUGUGCUGUCCUGACAUUGGAAGUAAUUCCAAAACUCUGGGCAUCCUUCCCACCACAACAAUCCAACAGCUGGCUGAACAAUGUGCUGCACACUUUGAACAAGAUUCAUACAUGCUCAGCAUCCAUGAAGGCGGUGUUCGUCGGCCCCUGGCCCCGACGGAGCUGGCACUGAGUGUGAAGAACAAAUGUCAACCAGGAGCAUAUUGCUUCAUCUAUCACCCUAUAGACCAUGGGCCAAUCCAAGGCUGCUGGCCUGGCCGCAGCUGCCCCACUAGCCCGCCCCCACGACCACCUUCACAAAGCGCUUUAAAAAAAAAUUCAGCUGUUGAUAAUGAAAAACCAGAAGCAGAGGCAAGUCUGAUUAGCUGGUAAUUGCUUGACUGCCGCAGCGGCUACUUUUGUAUUGCUAUGUAACAACACUGGUGCCAAAUGCUCGACAGAAAAUGUGGCUUUAGCCGGUGCUUUGAUGAAGCCUGUAACAAUUUUAUAUCGGUUGUUUCUCUUCAGUCAGUCUUCUGUUCGUGCAAUGUUCAAAUAUAUACCACGACAGCUAUGUGAUAAAUUUACUCAACAUGGGGUCUGGAACUCCUUUUUGUAAACGUACUUUGUUUAUGCUGCAAUGUAAUGUUAAUCAUUUUGUUUAUGUAUGUUAACUAGAGACCAGUCCAGGGUGAACCCCGCCUCUCUCCAAAUGUCAGUUGGGAUAGAUUCCAGGUCAACCGCGGGCCGUGACUCUGAAUAGGAUAAUCGUCAUAAAAUGGAUGGAUAUUUAAUAUGGAACAUGUGUUGAUGCUCAAAACAAUUCCUGCACUUUGAUGACUGCCAGGUUCAGGACCAGCUAAUAAGGGUUGGGCAUCGUUUGAAUUUCCGGUCCCGAUUCCAUUUCCUCAUUUCGAUUCCAAUUCCAAAGGAUUCUCGAUUCAGAUUCGUUGAGGGAGCUGGGUCAAAAAGGUUUGCAUGGUUUAAAAUAAAGGGUGUCCAAAUUAUGAACAUCCAUUUCCGUAGCUGCCUGCAGCAUAAACUAAAAUGAACAUUUGAUUCGGGGUUGUUUAUAACCACUAUCAAUAUCAACCCCAUGAAAUGAAAGGCAUUGUCUGUGGAACUAACCCAAUUGACUUAAUAUUCAUUGAAUGUUUCAGCUAAAUGUUAAAUAUAGCAUUAUUAAAACGGUUAUUUGCAACUGUUUUAUCACAUCCAAUGGUUUAUAUGUGGAAGUUUUAACUUGACUUCCUGUUUUAAGGAUGUAGCCUUUUAUUUUGAAGGGGUCGCACCGGAACUCAGCAUUUUGGCACGAAAAAUAACUUCACAUGGCACCGCUAAAAACGAAAGUGAAAUGAAAAAGAGUAAUGAAUGGAACCAAAUGCUCUGUAAAACAUUGUUUCCUUUACCUAUCCAUGGAUGAGACACACGGUUAAUGUUUGUGAUACUGUGGCAUUCACGUUUUUGUGAAUUUUGCCCCAAUUAAUUGUGAAGUAAAGUUGCGAGUUUGACGUUUACCUCAAUGUUAAGCUUGUCAUGAGACUGUUUCUGCUUUCUUUCCAGUAUGGUAAUUUGUAUUUUAUUUUUGUGUCUGUCAUCAGUUCUUCAGUUGGUUUGAAGGCUAAAAUGCUAAAAACCAUCAGUGCAAGAAUGGAACCCACCAUUCAACUUGUUAGGUGCCUCAAUGUUGGCAGAGACGUAUUUUAUUGUUACACUCACCCAAGUGACUUGACUGAAGUUUCGCGCGGCGUAGGCUGAGGCCCGGAGACUUCUACACAUCGCGAAAGCCUCCUCUGCACAACAUAAUCUUAAUCUCUAACUCCAUCUAACAGCAAAUCUUCCCUCACCACCUCCACAAAUCUCAUUUGUAGUCUUCCUUUUUGCCUCCUAUCUGGCGGCUUAAUUACAUAUAUAGUACCUGCCUGACAAUGUGAAGUACACCAAAAGAUCCCCAAAAGCUAGACAUCAUGCAGAGAUCUAAAGAAACUCAGGAACAAAUAUGAAAGAAAGUAAUUGAGAUCUAUCAGUGUGGAAAAGGUUACAACGUCAGUGUUCGUAAUUCCACCAUGAGGAGGAGACUGGGCAAAAAUGCCCUGCAUGGCAGAGUUCCAAGAUGAAAACCACUGCUGAAAAAAAAGAACAUUAAGGCUCAUCUCAAUUUUACCAGAUCUUGAUGAUCCCCAAGACUUGUGGGAAAAUACUCUGUGGUCUGAAGAGGCAAAAGUUUAACUUUUUGGAAGGUUUAUCUCCCAUUACAUCUGGCGUAAAAGUAACACAGCAUUUCAGAAAAAGAACAUCAUACCAACAGUAAAAUGUGGUGGUAGUGUGAUGGUCUAGGGCUCUUUUGCUACUUUAGGACCUGGAAAACAAAAGAAUCCUGAAGGACGAUGUCUGGCCAUCUGUUCAGGACCUCAAGUUCAAACGAACUUGGGUUCUGCAGGAGGACAAUGAUCCAAAACACAUCAGCAAGUCCACCUUUUAAUGGCUGGCAAAGUCCUGACCUGAAUCUAUUGUGAUGCUGUGGCAUGACAUUAAAAAGGCGGUUCGUGCCCGAAAACCAUCCGAUGUGGCUGAAUUACAACAAUUCUGGCCAAAAUUCCUCCACAGCGCUGUAAGAGACUAUGAUAAACGCUUCAUUGAAGUUGUUGAUGCUAAGGGUGGCCCAAACAGUUACCAGGUUUUAAGGGGUAAUCACUUUUUGACACAGGGCCAUGUAGGUUUGGAUUUUUUGUCUCCCUUAAUAAAAACCUUCAUUUAAAAA